GGACAUUUUAAAUUUCUCCCAAAUAAAUAUUUGCCGUUACUAUGGUAACGACGUUGUAAUCAAAAUAGUCUCCAUUAUUCUCAUUGUUUGAGAACUUAGAAUGUUCUAAGUUUGAGAACAAUGUCAGAAAUAUUGUCAAGAUACGGUAUUUAUUUUGACGAAGUGGAUAAAGUAUGCAUAUUGGAACCUGAAAUUUUCAAGCAAACAAAUGAUUUGAAGGAAGAAUGUAAAAUUUAUACAGAAAAAAUCGAAGAGUUUCAAAAAAUUGGGAGUAAAUUCAUCUCUAUUCUUGAGCAGUUAGCAAAAGAGGUUGAAACAGAGAAAAUAAAGGCUAUAGGAGCAAGAAAUAUUCUUCAAGGAAUGGAAAAACAAAAAGAAAAUCACCAGCAACAACUCAAUGCUUUGGUAAUGGAAAAAUCCAUGGAGUUGGAGAGAUUGAAAAUUCAACUAAACUCACUGCAGAAAACUGAAAUGGAACAACAAGAUCUGAUAAAUCAAAUGACCCAAUAUUAAAAAUUAUAAUUUAUUACAUGUAUUUUAACAAAAACAUAAUCGUUUCAGACAAAAUGUAAACAUGUAUUGAACUAGGAAGGAAUAAAUAAAAACAAUGGAGCAGUAAAA